AUGAUUUCUACGGAUAAUCAAAAGAUUUCAGUUGUCGAAGGCAUGAAGAAAAGUGGCAUGCCAUAUGUACGAUUAGGUAAUACUGGUGUACAAGUGUCACGCAUUUGUUUGGGAAUGAUGACAUACGGAUCAACGAAAUGGCGUGAAUGGGUUCUUGAAGAACAAGAAGGUCGCCCAUUCGUUAAACGAGCAUUAGAACUUGGAAUUAAUUUUUUUGAUACAGCUGACAUGUAUUCACUUGGCGUAAGUGAAGAAAUUACUGGCCGAGCUUUGAAUGAUAUGGCUAUUCGAGAAGAAAUCGUUGUAGCUACUAAAGUAUUUCAUCAGAUGGCUGAAGGUCCGAAUCGUAAAGGUCUAAGUCGUAAGCAUAUUUUUGAAGCUUGUGACGCUAGUUUAAAACGAUUAAAUAUGGAUUACAUUGAUCUUUAUCAAAUUCACCGUUUCGAUAAAGAAACGCCCAUUGAAGAAACUAUGGAAGCUUUAAAUGAUCUUGUUAGAUCAGGCAAAGUCCGUUAUAUUGGCGCUUCUUCCAUGUAUGCCUGGCAAUUUGCUAAAGCUCAACAUAUAGCAGAAAAAAAUGGAUGGACAAAGUUUGUUACCAUGCAAAAUCAUUACAAUCUUGUGUAUCGUGAAGAAGAACGUGAAAUGAAUCCGUUAUGUUUGGAUCAAGGUGUUGGUCUUAUUCCAUGGUCGCCUCUUGCUCGUGGCUUUCUAACAGGAAAUCGUACUAAAACAGAUCUUAGUAAAGAAAAUGAUGAAACGAGUUCGGCUACAAAACGUGCUCAAACCGAUGCAUUUGGCCACCAAUUAUAUUAUGCUGAUAGCGAUUUUGAAAUUGUUGAACGGUUGAAAAUAGUUGCUGAGAAAAAACAAGUUAAGCCAGCUCAACUUGCACUUGCAUGGAUUCUAUCAAAACCUGGUGUAUGUGCACCGAUUAUAGGUGCUUCGAAAAUGUAUCAACUUGAAGAAGCUGUUGCAGCAGUUAAUAUAAAACUUUCGGACGAGGAAAUCAAAACUUUAGAAGAAUUAUAUCAACCUCAUCGUGUUCUUGGUCAUGGGUAA